AUGUGGCUUUUCUUUUUCUUCGCGUGCCUCGUCGCGGUGACGUUCCUAGUGGUUUUAUUCGCGCCUCACAUACGAAGAUAUGCGGCGGGAGGCGUGUGCAUGUCGUCUGCUCGUCUGGACGGGAAGACUGUUCUCAUCACUGGUGCCAACACCGGCAUCGGAAAGGAGACCGCCCUGGACCUGGCCACUCGAGGAGCUCAUGUAGUCAUGGCGUGCCGGGACGUAAGCAAAGGUGAGGAGGCGGCAGCCAGCAUUCGGGCAGCGUACCCCGAAACACAGGUGGAGGUCCGCGAGCUAGACUUGGCUGACACGUGCUCCAUACGAUCGUUUGCGCAACAAUUCCUUCGAGACUUCAACCAACUUCACAUCCUUAUCAACAACGCCGGGGUUAUGAUGUGCCCCUACACCAAAACUAACGACGGUUUCGAGAUGCACAUCGGCGUCAAUCACUUAGGUCACUUCCUGUUGACGUCGCUGCUGGUGGGCCUACUGAAGCGCAGCGCUCCGGCACGCAUUGUGGUAGUCUCGUCAUUGGCGCACAACUUUGGCUGGAUACGCUUCCACGACCUGCACAGCCAGGGAAGCUACAACAGCGGACUGGCGUAUUGCCAGAGCAAGCUGGCCAAUGUGCUCUUUGCUCGAGAGCUGGCGAGACGUCUGAAAGGCAGCAACGUGACGGUGAAUUCACUACAUCCCGGCACGGUGAAUUCAGACCUGACGCGUCACUCCACCCUCAUGAUGAUCUUCUUCAACGUCUUGUCCGUCUUCCUGAAGACACCACGCGAGGGCGCCCAGACAAGCGUCUACUGUGCUGUGGCUGAGGAGCUUCACUCCAUCUCUGGGAAACACUUCAGUGACUGUGCCCCUGCCUUUGUGGCCCCCCAGGGGAGAAGUGAAGAGACCGCUCGGCGUCUCUGGGACGCCAGCUGCGAGCUCCUUGGCAUCCAGUGGGAAUAA